AAUGGUCUAAUUGACGAAUUAAGGGGGAAGAGAAAGGGUUUAGGUUUGCGCGCAACAACAGUACCAAAAUCUCACUGUUGCUAGUCCACAGCUUCCUUCGUCAUAGCCAUUGUCCUCUUCUUUCUCCGGGUCAGUUCGUCCGUUUUUGAAGAAGUAAUUGGAGCAAUUAGAUAUCAGAGUUGAGUAAAUGUGGUAUCUCUGUGUGUUCUAUCACCGUCUUUUGGAUUAUCGGAAGGCCGAGGUCGAGUCUCUGGCCGAGUUGUUUGGUGAAAAUGGCGACCACAAAGGGAAGAAGUUGGAAUGGAAGCUUCCUCUUCACCAUCACCCUGAUUCUCCUUUCCAUUUCGUCGACCUCUCUUCAGACGAUAUCGCUCGGAACAUCGCUAACCGAAGUAUACUAGUGAAGGGGAUGUAUGAACUCUGGGGUCAAGGAAGUGACUACGAGGAGCUAGAGGAGUCUAUUAGAAAUUUUCCGGAAGAACGGAAGUCGCCAUACUUACAACCUGGAAGCUCUUUCAAAAUUUCUGUAGAGAGCUUUGGGAAGGCUAUCAGCUUCCAGGAACAAAAUGAACGUAUUCAGGGGCUAGCGUACAUCCCUUUCAAGGUAUGAUAGUUUUUGUAAUCUAGUUUAAGCUCCCUUGUAUUUAUUUGUUUAUUUUUGAGCUAUUGAAAUCCAAUCGUUUUGCUUAUAAUGGAUACUAGAGACACUAUCGUUAUAGUUUGGAAUGCUCACUUCAGUGGAUGGAAUCAAAUUGAUGUGUGUUAAAACUCUUAUAAUGUGGACAGACUAUUUGAGCUUGAAGAUUUUGUUUAAGUGCUGAAUCAAAGACAAUCAGGCUAGAAAUUAUCAAUUCUGGUACCUCUCAUUUUGUAGGUAGAGAAUUGAUAGAUAAAACAAAAUUGCAAUGCAAUUUGUGAAUUGGAACUAUUGACAAGUAUAAGCACUGAGAAUGAAUUGAAGUAUUAUGGCCAAAUCAUAUUCGUUUGGCGUGUCAAUAAAGGGGAGGGGGCAAAAAUGAACAGCAUUGUUGGUUAUAUCUUCUAGUUAGUAAUAUUUUUUAAAAUAAUAUUUUGAACAGUUUAUCUAAAAAA